CGGCAAUGUAUCUUUGGUGAAAUGUGUCAAACAUGGCUGUUAGCCAGUAGCAAUAAAUAGGUAGUUUUUAAAUACAUUUUCAGUAUCUAAACAUGAUGCAAGAAGAUUCUAACGGAGAAUCGACUUUCGAAUUUGUCGACAAAAAAUCUGAUAAUGGAUUGACACAAGAUAAAAUGGAAAAAAAUACAGAGUCAGGAAGUGGAAUGUCAUUGCCUUUGAGUGCUGGUAGUUUGCUGUCCAAUGUGCCACCACCAUCUGAGCUACCAAGUUUUAUAUCUCCACCAGCAGAUACAGUUUUAAAACCAGUUACUUCACAGGCAGCACCAAUUUUCCAUGAAACAAAGUUCAGUCCUGUUAUACCCCAAAGUAAAGGAGCUGAAAUGGUGCCUCCCCUGACACAAGAUGUACCUGCUGCAGGUGAUAGUGGAAGUGGUAGUAACAGUAGUGGUGGUUUGUUUGAUUGGGUGAAGGGAGCAGUUGGAAGUGGGAGUCUUUUAUCAAAAGUUGCAGAGAGAGCCAAAAAUUCUGUUGAUUCCAUGAUAACUACUUUGGACCCACAGAUGAGAGAAUUUUUACAUUCUGGUGGUGAUAUUGAUAUUGUGGUUGCAUCAGACAAAGAAAUUAAAAUAAGCCCAGUUAGAGAAGCUUUCCAGGCAGUUUUUGGCAAAGCUACUGUUACGGGACUACCAGCACAAGCAGUAACAGUUGCUGCACAACCAGUUGGUUAUGGCUCGGCAUUCAAAGCAGCAGACGAAAGGAUACACUCAGUUCGUACAAGUGGUAAAGUUCAUGAGAACCAACCUGUAGUUGCUGUGGAAAAUUUUAUUGUGGAGGCUGCUGAAGGACAGUGGUACGACUUAGGCUUGCUAACAUUGGAUGACCCUGGUCACAAAAUAACUCUACACACUUUUACUGGAACAACACCUGUACCAUCCACUGUUGUGGAUUUAGCAAGGGAUGACACACCUUCUGAUUAUCCUCUGCUGAGUUCGGGCUAUGCUGUGACUAUUGGAAGCCUGAUGGCCAGCAAUUUGGAGAAAGGAAGACUUUAAUAAACCGGUUAUUUAACAAUAUUUCUUUGGCUGCACAGCGUUCCACACAUGUAACCUGUAAGAAACAGUUUUGAAAUAUGAAUAAUGAUCUUCUGUAAUAUCACCACAAUCAUAACACAAGGGGAUGAAUUGAAAUGUAACAUGAAGGCAACAAACAAGUAAAAAAUGACACUACAGGUAACAAGGGAAUGGUCUCACCUGACAUGAUGUAACUACCCUGAAUUAUUCUUUGUAGGAAGAAUACAACCAGACACAUUCCAUGUCACAAUUUUAGCCA